AUGGCCUUCAACCUCGGCACACGGCUCCAGGCGUCCUCCCGUCUUAUCGCGCUCCAUUGUCAACAGGGCUGCGCUCCGUCCAGUCCCCCCGCCGCGAGGCAUCGGACGGUCCGCGGAAACCAAGUGGACGGGAGUAGAUCAUGGGAGCAGAUGUGGCAUGCGGACGGACUGCAGCUCAAGAAGGCGGGAUUAGCGGUGCGGGACCGUAGGUAUAUCCUCCGGUGCAUGUCCAAGUACCGCGAAGGAAUGGAGCCCGCGGAGUUUGCCCAUCCGCCUAAACCUCCAAAGAAGCUAAGAGGUCGCGGACCGGUCGUGCAAAAUGGCAAGCGUCUGCGUCACUCACGGGACAAAAAGGCUGCGCGUCGAUAG